CAGGCGCAUUGAAAAGGUCACCAGCCACGAAAGCACCUGCGUGUCGGUGCAACUGUCGCGGCAUCGGCCAAGUUCUUUCGCGGACUGCGCAUCCAGGUCACGGAGUCCAUAUGGAGCUAUCGCACGUCCGGGGGAACUUGAGUCGCACGGGGUUGCUGCAGGCGCGGCGCGGGGCUCAGCCACGCCGGUUGGUACCGCCGGCGCGCAGCCUGAGCCAACCCGUCCCGCCGACCUCGCAGCCACCCCACUCGCGGCCGCACCCGCACCCGCGCCCCCUGCCCCUUCACCCGGAGAUAAGCAAGGUUAUUUUCUCGGCGGAGCAGAUUGACGCGCGUGUGGCGGAGCUGGGCAGGCUCAUUGGCACCGACUACUCGGACCGCGAGCUGCUGGUGCUGGGCGUGCUGAAGGGCGCGUUUGCGUUCACCAGCGACCUGGUCCGUCACAUUUACCCCUACCCGCCCCAUCUGGAGGUCGACUUCUUCAAGGCCUCGUCCUACGGCUCCGGCACGGUCUCCAGCGGGCGUGUGCAGCUGGACAGCGGUUUCAAGCUGGAGAGCGUGCGUGGGAAACACGUGCUCCUGGUCGAGGAUAUCAUUGAUACGGGAAACACGCUGUCAGCCCUGGUGGCAGUGAUGGAGGGCGCGGGCGCGGCCAGCGUGCGGGUGUGUGCCUUGCUGGACAAGAAGGCGCGGCGACGCGUGCCCAUGGAGGCCGAGUACACGGGGUUCGAGUGUCCCGACGAGUUCAUUGUGGGGUACGGCAUCGACUACGCCGAGAAGUACCGCAACCUGCCGUACAUUGGCGCCGUGAAGGACGAGUUCAUAAAGAAGUAGAUCACAGCGCAGCACGGCACCGGACAACUGGCGUGGGGGUGAGGGGGGGAGCUGAUGGGGACCGUUGGGGACCCACAGGCGGACAAGGAGUCAAGGACCAUCGCCCCCUUGGUGUCUUGUCUUGGCCGCUUGGAAGGCGCUGGUGGCCAGGCGUGUGCCUGUGGGUGCUGCAUGUGGGUUGUAAAGGUGCAGUGUGUCAGUGUGUGCCACAUGCGCGCUGGUGCGGCUGUGCUGUGCAUGCUCGUGCUGCGGCUGUGGCUGCCGGAGCCGGGGUUCGGCUGGUGUGGCUGGUCACAGGUGGUGAUCAUGGGAGGUGGUGAUAAUGGAGGUAAAUAGUCAGCGUGUGGGUGAGCACUGGGGAAGGUUGUGUGGUGGUGAGCAGGGGCAAGCAAGCGCGUGACGAGCAGAGGACUUGUCUUGCUACUACUUCGGCGACCGUACUGCUGUAUGGUUGCGUGCUCACUAGUAGGCUAGGAACGGCAGUCUAAUGAGGGACCACCGCAAGCCAACCGAACGGAUUUGUAUAGCAGCGGGUGCAAGGUUUCCUGCCCCUUGCCAUGUUCCAUCACGAGCGGGUGCAAGGUGGUCAGGUUGCGAUAUGUCAACAUGCGACAUCCCAACGUCAGAUAAUGCGUUUCCUCGCGCGUCGCGCGUAGGCACGGCGUGACAGGGUACAGUGUG